CUUAGACUAUAACAAAUGAAGGGGAAAAAAGAAGAGCAUGGGGGAAGAGAAAGAGGGUGCCAAAGAGAGAGUAGUUGACAUUAGUCUCAAGGAUCUUUCAAAGAAACUCGAGGAAUUCGCCAAUGCCAGAGACUGGAACAAAUACCACAGUCCUAGGAAUCUCCUCCUUGCUAUGGUUGGAGAAGUAGGGGAGCUAUCAGAGAUUUUCCAAUGGAGAGGGGAAGUGGAGAAAGGAUUGCCAAACUGGGAAGAAUCAGAUAAAGAACAUCUAGGAGAAGAGCUUUCAGAUGUACUUUUAUACCUCAUUAGAUUGUCUGAUAUUUGUGGCAUUGAUCUUGCUGAUGCUGCUUCCAGAAAACUUGUUAAGAAUGCUAUCAAAUACCCAUCACCCAAGGUUUUAUGAAACGCCUUUCCCUUCAAAAAUUUUCCUGAAAAA